AUGGAGGGUGUGGAAUGUGGCGCCGAUUUCCAAGCUGGAAAAAAGCAGGACGGCACCAGUUUGUCUGUAACAGUGCCUAGAAAGAUAACAAAGGAUUCCAGAUUUUGUAAGAUUUGCUACUCAUUAACAAACCCAAUAAACAUGAAGGAUGAUUUGAUCUCCCCUUGUAACUGUAAGGGAUCUAUAGGCCUUGUCCACGGUGUAUGUCUGAAGAUGUGGAGGUACAGGGGCAAAAGAAUCAAAGACAUAAGAAAAUGUGAACAGUGCUCUUCAUUCUACAAGCUGGACAAUGAAAUAGUUCCCCAUAGGAUUGUUGUUUCACUCGCAACAGUUAUCAUCUUGCUUCUAAUAUAUCUAGUAUCAACCAUUUUGUUUAAGUCGUUGAUCGAUGCAUUUAUCAUAAUAAUAAGGGAUUUUUUCUUUGCAGAUGUCCAUACGUUGGUAGAUCUUGAGAUGGGAAGGGGACUUGAAUAUGUCUUUCUCCAAAAGCAGUCUCCUCUGGAAUAUAAGUUUAUAGAGACGAAUGGAUUUGUAUAUCUUUUUAUUAUGGUUCUACUCUACCAAGUCUUUUCAAAGAUAAGCUUCUUUUCUAUAUUCAAUUACAUGUUCACAUUCUGGAGACUGAACCAGUUUGAUUUUGCACUAGAUAAGGUUCUGUUUGGGUUCAUGUCUAUGUAUUAUAUGAGGAAGGCGUAUAAUGAUAUCUACAGCAGAGUUGACUCUGGACUCAUAUUCUUUCUAAAUUAUAAAUAG